AUGUCUGCCCGUCUCCCUCAGAUUUCCGAAUAUGACUCUAUACCUUCGUUGUAUCGAAUAAGUGACCGAUUUGGGUUGACGACGCAAGAAGAGGAGGCAGAUAUCCAAGAAACACUCUUCGAGCAGAACAACAUCACUUCGAUAUCCUUUUUGCACUCUAAUUUAUCGAUACACGAAGACCCUGUCUCAACCAAUGCCAAUGCAACUUUUGUUCUCCUCUGUCGAAAUAGCGAUCUGGCGGGCGUACUCGCCAGUAUACAACAAGUGGAAGACCGAUUUAAUCGCAAUCGUGGAUAUCCAUGGGUAUUGUUGAACGAGGAACCGUUCACGGAGGAGUUCAAACGACGGGUCAGCGUGCUUGUCAAUUCUUCUAUACAAUUUGGUCAGAUUCCAGCCGAACACUGGUUUCAACCUGAUUGGAUAGACGAGGAAAAGGCCAAAGCAGGACGAAUACGCAUGAUGGCACAAGGCAUUAUCUAUGCUGGCAGUGUACCAUACAGAAAUAUGUGUCGCUUCAAUUCGGGGUUUUUCUUCCAACAUGAGCUAUUAAAGCCAUAUCGUUACUACUGGAGGCCUGAUGUGAAGUAUUUCUGUGACGUUGACUACGAUCCGUUCAAAUUUAUGGAAGAAAAUCAGAAAGUAUAUGGAUUCACAAUAUCGCUCGUGGAGUGGGAGGCGACGAUACCAACUUUGUGGAGUGCAGUAAAAGAGUUCAUAUCUGAAAAUCCACACUACGUGGACCCGAACAAUUCGAUGGAAUUUCUCUCCGACAAUAACGGUGAUACCUACAAUCUUUGCCACUACUGGAGUAAUUUUGAGAUUGCCGACAUGGACUUCUGGAGAGGAGAGGCUUAUCAGAAAUUCUUUGAUUUCCUAGAAGCUAAAGGGGGAUUCUACUACGAGAGAUGGGGAGAUGCACCGGUUCACAGUAUAGCAGCAUCGUUGUUCGCAGCCAAAGAUCAGGUUCAUUUCUUCCGUGAUAUUGGUUACAGGCACAGCCCAUUCCAACAUUGUCCUAUUGGUGAAAAAUGGGUCAAAGGAAAGUGCUCUUGCGACCCUAAUGAUAGUUUCGAUUAUGUUCAGAAUUCGUGUCUCAAGAAGUAUGAGGACAUGUUUUGGUAA